AAGGAUAUAACUGCAAACAAAACAAAACAACAAAACAAAAAAAAAGGAAACUUUAACAUUUUUAAAAGUUUACUUUUUUCGAAGCAAUUUUUUUUGUUCUUAUCAUUUUAUAAUUUUUAUUUUUUUAUUUAAUAAAUUAAAAGAAAAAGAAAAAAUUUUCAUAUAUAAAUUAAAGGAAUAGAAUAUUAUAUAAGUUUGUUAAACAACUAUACUCUAACUGAAUUUAUAAAAAACAAAAAACAAAGAAAAGAAAAAAAUUAUACACGAUUCACAAUUUAGAAGAAAAAAAAAAAACAAAAAAAAAAGAAGAAUCGCUCUCAUCAAAUUCGGAAAACAAAAUCAUAAUUAACACAAAAAAAAAUUAAUAAAAAAAAAACACUACAUAGCCAUACUAGAAUAGAUAAUUAAAAAAUUCAAAAAAAUUCAAAAAAUAAAAAAAAAAAUUAUUUAAUUAAUUUUAAAAUGAAAAAUUCCAUUCAAAAUUUCAAUAUUUAAAUUACACUAGAAAAAUUUAUUAUAUAGGAAAUUAUUAGUAUAAGAAUAUAAAAAAAAAAAAAAAACAAAAAAGAAAAUGGCUUCACCACCAGACAGUCCAAUUGAAGAGGUUGUCUAUGAAUUGGAACCAACACGUGUACCUAAACCAAUUCCAGUUGCACUGGAAGAUUUAUGUAGGCAAACAAAAUUUUCACGUCAAGAAAUACGUGUAAUGUAUCGAGGAUUUAAAACAGAAUGCCCCGAAGGAGUCGUUCAUGAAGAUUGCUUUAAGGAUAUUUAUGCCAAAUUUUUUCCACAUGGAAAUUCAAGUUUAUACGCUCAUUACGUAUUCAAAGCGUUUGAUGUCAACUGUAAUGGUGCAAUUAGUUUUCGGGAUUUAUUAGUUACUUUAUCAACGCUAUUAAGAGGUUCAGUAUAUGAAAGAUUACGAUGGACAUUUAAAUUGUAUGAUCUUAAUGGUGAUGGUUGUAUUAGUAGAGGUGAAUUAGGUGAAGUUGUAUUGGCAAUACAUGAAUUAAUGGGUCGAAGAGCACAUCAACCAGAAGAUGAUAGGAAAGCCAGAGAUCAGGUUGAUCGAGUUUUUCGAAAAUUAGAUUUAAAUCAAGAUGGUGUUAUAACAAUUGAAGAAUUUUUGGAAGCAUGCCUGAAAGAUGACUUAGUUACAAGAUCCUUACAAAUGUUUGAUCUUUGAUGACCCCCUGAGGAAAAACAAAUUAGUAAUAAAAAUAAACACGCAAUUUCAUUAAUUGAUCUCUAAAAAAAAAAAAACAAAAAAACAAAAAAAAAAACAAAAUGCAUCUUAAUAAUAGUAAAAAAAAAAUUCAACAAAAAAUUAAAAAAAAAAACGAAUAAAAUAAAGUAAAAAAAAAACGAUAAAAAAAAAUAAAAAAAAUGAAACAGGAUAUUAUGUAAAAUUUGUCUAUUCUAUCUACAUACUUACAUAUAAACAUACCAUACAUUACUAAAUAAACACAAGAAAUUUGAAGUUUUCCUAAACUAUGUAACAAAACAAAAAACCAAACAAAAAAAUUGAAAAAAAAAAAUUAAGAAAAUUUAACCUUUAUAAACAAUCUUAAGACACAUCCUCCUACAUGGAAGGACAUUUUUAAAUUUAACACACAAAUUAAUACUUAGGGGUAAACCUAAAUGGGCGCGUAGUGCUUGUGUCAAAAUGUUGGCAUUCCCGUACAUAUUAAAUCAAGCGACGUAAAUGAGCUACGCGGUUAUCCAACGUAUUAGAGUUUUUGAUUUUCACAACAUGAAGGUACAUUUUUUUUCUGUUUUUUUUUAAUGUUUUCGUUUUUAAUAUAAAAUUAAACAGUUUAUUGUCAAUUCACACAUGUAAAACUCAAUCUUAAAAUUUAACAAUAUAAACUUAUUUUGGAAAAUAGUUUUGAAUUUUUGACAAUAAAUGUCAGAUUACGCUGUGUGCUCCAUUCGAUAACCGCAUUGAAUUAUGCUGCCUACUACGCACCCAUUGAUGGUGAAGACCCCUUAAUCAAUUAAAAUUGCAGUCGAGAUAUUUUUUUAACAAAAGGAAAAACAUCCUACGAAAAUAAUUUCUCAUCGAAAGCAAUCGGAAAAAGAAUUUAUUAAAUUGACGCACAAAAAUUAAUUUUUUAAGCUUUGAAUUUAUAUAAAAAUGAAAUGAAUUAGGAAAUUUAAUUAAAGAACAAAUUAAAUAUUUUCAAAAUUGUAAUCAAAACAAAAAAUUUUCCAUUUAUAAAUUUAUAAUAAACAAAUUAAUUCCACAAUUUAAAAUUUAAAAAAUAUUUCAAAUGUAUAAGUUCUAGUAAAUGUGUAAAUUAUUGUAUAUGCUAAUAACCACAAAAUCUUGCUGAGAUAAAAUUAAAAAUCAAAUCUGCUGAACAUCUUUAUCAUCCCUGGUGAAAAACACAAUAACAAAGAAACCAAAAAAAAAUUUAUCUGCCAUGACAUAAAACAAAAGUAAAUGCAGAAUCGAUACAGCUGUCAGUCCCUUUUUUUUUGAAUGAUGAAGUUUUUGCUAUUUAUAAAAACUUAAUACACACUUGCAAUUAUUUCCACUUUUUAUUGUUACAUCCGAAAAUUAUAUAGGAAAGAAGUCAUUAUUUAUAUUAUUUUUUAAAAAUUUAUCUCCCUAAAUAGUACUCGUAAAUCUACUCAAAAGUACUUUAUCAAAUAAAGAAAAAUUUUAUUAAAUUUUCUAACCCAGAAUAGUAUAAAUUUAGAUCUUUCUUUCACACUUUGAUUAAUUAACAAGGUGAACAAUUAAAUGAUUGUAUUACUAUUAAAAAUAAUUGCUUAUAAAUUACAUAAUUGCAAAAUAAAUCCCAAUCAAGGAUUAAAGAAACAAAAACUUCAUAGCAAAGAGAAAGAUUUUUGUACAUUUUUUUUUUUUUUUUCAAAAAUUUAAUCAUUGUUGUUAAUUGCGGGAAUAUGUGGAAACACCUUAAUAUAUAGUGGCAGAUAAGCUAAAUUCUAAUUAAUUUUUAAUAAUUUUUAGGAGUAGUUAAACUUUAAAGGAAAUGUAGAUUUAAUAUUAGAGAAUUAAUAAUAUACAAUGUAUAGGAGAGCAAAUCUCAUCUAUAUUUUAAUUAUAUAUGUAUAAAUUUUAACGCUUGCAUUUUUAUAUUUAAAAAUAUUUUGUAUCUUUCAUUUCGUUUUUCAAAAAUUGAUCUAAAGUCAUGAUGAUCUAGCAAUAAUUAUAUAUGUAUAUGUAUACUUACUUUAAAAUAUUUA